AUGGUCAACGAAACGGCUUCUCUCUCGGGUCAAUCCUCCAUCUCGUCCCUGCGUGCGCGAUUCGAGGACUCCCAGGUCCCCUCGUCCUCGUAUUCGUCGUCCUCCCACCCGUCGCUGUCGCUCAAUCGCAAACUCUCGUCGCCUCCCCCGUACUCCUCCGCAGACCCCCAUCCACCUCGUCCGGGCUCGAGCGCCUCCACUGGCCCUCCCAUCCCCUCCAAACCCCCGUCGCUUUCCCGGCACAGACGGACCCCUUCCGAUGCCUCGACCUGCUCGUCGAUUGUCUCCUGGUCCUCGACGCCUCCAACCGUCGUCGGCCCUCCCAUUCCCUCCAAGCCCGCCAACCUGCAGAUCCGCACCCCGCACCACGACAGCCCCGGCGGCUCCAGCCGCUCCGAGACUUCCCUGAGUCGCUCGCUCUCCAAGCGACACACCGUCAGCACCUUUUCUGGCGACGCUGACCAUCCCCACAGGCCGGCCCAUGACGGACACGACGUCAAGUCCAGAAAUCGCCUCAGCAUCAUGUCGCUUGGCUCCAAUCUCGAAGACCACACAUCCAGCCCCACGGUCCACUCGCUGCGCGAGAUUUUCUCCACGAGCGAUCCGGCAACCCCCACCCGAACCAGCUAUGUGCCGCCCAAGCUCUUCAACGUCGUCACCGUCACCUCCCCAACCCAGACCAAACCCGCAGAGCAGCUCCCCCGGCCGAAACAGCCUGCCCCGCCUCCUGCCCCGCCUGCUCGCACGCCCUCGUUCCGCACACCGCCAGCCAACAAGCCCGUCCAUUCGGGGGUGCAUGCCGUCAAGAGCUCGCCUCGAGUCCAUCGUCGGAGCCACGCAAAUACCGUGACCCUUGAUCUCGAAGACGAUUCGGGCAUCUCUGUCAAGGGCCUGCGCGAUAUUUGGGAAAAGCUCUCGAUCGAAAAUGGCUGGCAUCUGCAGAGUGGCAAGCGCAACCGAAAUGCCCACGCAUCCUUCAACUCCUGGGCAAAGGCCCUGCAGACCAGCAUUAGCCGCGGGUCUGCAUCAGGUUCAGGACCAGGGUCCAAGGUCAUGAAUCUCGUUGGUGAGAUCCAGAACGGCCUCUUUGACUCUGGAGCCGCGUCACGCACCACCGAGGUCAAGAUCCGUGGCGGUGGCGGCCUCGUUGGCGUGGGCAUCGGAAAGGCCGUCUUCCAUGACGACAUCAAGGAAGAGAUUCCCAAGGGCCUGGUGGCCCCGACGGUAGUUGAAAUCCGGGAUGUUCAUGCCAGAGCACAGGCCGACCUCGCUGGCGACGGCUCUUCGACAGCCAUCCAAGGAGAGGCAGCCUCAAAGGUGCCCGAGCCGUCGGUGCAGGACACGCCUGCGACGUCCGCCGGCGACGCCGCUGAGAAUAGAAGUCCUGUCGCCAGGCGAGAAAUCGUCACAGCCAGCAACUUUGAGAUUGCGCCGCCGCGAAAGGAAUCGUCGGAGCAUACGAACUGCGACAUGAUCGUCUGCGGCGUCAAAACAUUCAUGGUCAAUGAUCGCAAGGUGCACGAGAUCGAGCUCAAAUGCCACGAGUGCGACUCGGUCUUCAUUCUGACUGCCGGUCACGAAUGUGCCGAAGACGAAGAGAUUGUUCUCGAGUCUGACGACGAGGAGGAUGAGGAUGAACUGCUUGAAAGCGACAUCGACGAGAUCGACAACACCAUCAACGACCUCGAUCCUGCCACCAAGUCGCUGUUUGACGAAGUCAAAGAAUUGGAUCACCACUUGCCGCUGCCGCUGCCGUUUUCGCCUACCGUCGAGACAAGCACCCUGCAGGCCCAAGAUGCCCUCGGUGACGAAGCGGCCGACCUCACGGCAGCCCCAGCCGAACAGGACACGUCUGCCGACACAAGCGGUGCACCGGCUACAGAUUCUCGCCUUGCCAAGAUCGAUACCCAUCCCUCUGCUGUCGCAGCAGCGAAGCUGCCAAGCCCCGUGGAGCCCGUCGAUACCACUCCCACCACCACCACCACCACCACCACCUCGCUCGUUCGCAAAGUCGACAGCGCCGUCGAUAUCGACCCGUGUGGGUCCAGCCCCGUCUCACCCAUCUCCCCGUCCAGCUCGAAACCGCGCUCGAUUCACACCAAGCAAAGCCGAGAGUCCGUCUCUGUCCGGUCAGAGCAAAGCAAUCAGCGCCGAAAGCCCGCUGGCCUCGAGUGGCUGCGGGAUAAGGAUACCGAAUACGUCAAUUUGAUUCUCUAA